CACUAUCUACCUCGCCACAUGAUGUGUACUUGUGCUCUAGUCUGCAGACGAUGGGCUCGGAUUGUGUAAGUUUAAAUGUUUUUUUAAUUUUAGUUGUUAUCUUUCUAAUGUUUGAUUAGAAAAUGUUUAUCUAAUGAUAGAUAUACUAUCUAUAAUUUUAAAUUGAGUAUUAUUAAGAGAUGAAAAAAAAGUACUCUGUUCUAGAACAUUAAUUAAUCUCCUUGAAAUAAUCUAUACUUAGGUAAGGUACAAAUACAUAUUAACAUCUAACAGUUUCCUAAGUGUGUGAACAAUAUGGUUCAGAGUUUAAGAAUCUAAUUGAACUAUCAAAAUAUAGUCCUGUUGCUAAUUCACACAUGUGAGCCAUUUGUAAUAUAAUUGAUAUUUUUAAUUCAGAUGUGAUAUAUCUUUAUGGAGGAGAAUGGACAUGGCUGGACGACCUCUUAAAGUUGGAAUUUUAAAAAUUUUAUUAGAAAGAGGUGUAGAAGUCCUCAGGCUCAACAGAUCUGAGGUAGGUGUAAAAUAAAUUGAAUAGUUCAUAUUUCCUGUUAUAGUGGUUGAUUCUUGGAAAUAUAAAAAAAAUAAAGCCAUGCCCAUUUGUGAACAAAAAAUAAAUAAUGUUUUUUUUACAUUUGUACCAAACUUUUGUUUUGUUUCUGGAAAAAAAUAUACUCAAAUUUGUGUUUCCCCUUGAUUAAAUGUAAUCAAAAUCAUUGAGAUUUAUUUAAAAACAUGACAAGAAAAUAGAGGUAUAGAAAAAAAAAAGGAGAAAAAUCUCUGAUAAUUGUUGAACAUUUUAUAAAUUUAUAUUUGUAAGCACUUUCAAGAAUUUGUUUGCAAUAUUAAUCUCAAGUCGUUUAAGUGUCGUCUAAAACUGAAUAAAUUUAUUACAUUACCAUAACAGCUAUUGGAAAAACGACAACUGCUCAUUGACAAUAAUGUUAACUUUGAUAUUAUGUAUUUACCCUAGGUGAUGGGUGAUUUUUCCAGUACUGUCCAAGGUGCACCAGACCCUAGAAGAUCCCCACUCUCGGAAGAUAGGUACUGACCAUUAGAAGAAGUAACAAUGAGGGCCUAAUAUCCUCUUAAUAGUCAUACAGAAUGAAAAAUAAACACUCUAAUUGCAUAUCCGAAGGAUGUGUCUUGUAAAAAAGGAGGGUGCAACUUCACUUUGCCAAUUAAUUUCCUUAAACCUUUCGCUCUCUUGAAUCGAACAUUAUUCUGUCCCUUUCAGGAUGUAUCGCUUACAGAUGCUAGACAUGAGUAUGGCCAAU